AUGUUCCUUAUAUUGUGUGGUGCUGGUGUCGUUAGAGCCUCUAACGUAGAGUGCAAAUUUUCUGAUUCAGUUGCAACUGAAAUGGCCAAAGCACAAACACACGAAUGUAUGUUAAUAUAA